AUGUUAUUAUAUAUUCUUAUUUUUUCAUCAUGUAUGUCUUCACUUUAUUCAUUUAAUUAUCAAACAGUUGAACAUUGGAGAUAUUUAAGACAAGAAAAAUUCACACAUAAACCAUCAUAUUUUGGUUAUUCAUUAGCUGUUCAUCGAUCAAGUUUACUUGUUGGUGCACCUCGUGAUCAUUCCUCACAUGAUAUUAUACCAAGACGUGGUGCUGUAUGGAAAUGUCAAUUUCAUUCAGAUACAAUUUGUCAACGUAUGCCAUUUCGCCGUAAUGGUGAAGCAAAUGUUCGUGUUGGUACAUCAUAUGAUAAUAAAACAGAUCAAUGGUUAGGUGCUUCAUUAGCAGCUAAUGAUGGACAUAUAAUAGCAGGUGCACCAUUUCUUAAACAUCGUAUAAAUGAUGGACAAAAUCUUGAAUAUGAAAUACCAGGUGGUGCACUUAUUGGAAAAUACGGUACAUCAUUAUCAAUGAUAGAUGAUACACAAAUAUUUUCUCCAUCAUUUCUCAAUUGGCAUUCUCGAAAUUAUAAUCAAGAAGGUUAUGGCGAAUUUGGUUUUCAAGUAGCAUUAAGUGAAAAACCAGAACGUAUUAUUAUAACAGCACCAGGAUCAUUUUAUUUUCGGGGAGGAAUACAUUCAAUUCCAAUACUUGAAAAAAAUUGGAUUGAUACAAGACAUCCAUUUACUUCUCCACAUUAUCAAUGGCGUGAUGCUGGUUGGCUUCGAUAUCCAUCAAAUUAUUCAUCAAAUGAAUAUGAUGAUUGGUGUUAUCGGGGUUAUGCGUUAGCUAUAGGAAAUUUUAAUGAUGAUGAUAAUCAAGAAAUUGUUGUUAGUAUACCAAAAUUAGAUAAUUAUCGUGGAGCAAUUGAAAUUAUGAACAGUAAUCUUGAUGAAUAUUCUAUUCGAACAUUAAAUGGUUCACAAAUGGGAGAAUAUUUUGGUGCAUCAUUAUGUGUUGUUGAUAUUAAUAAUGAUGGACUUGAUGAUUUAUUAGUUGGUGCACCUUUCUAUACAGUGAAAAAAGAUGGUCGAAUUAUAGCAGAUGCUGGUCGAGUUGAUAUAUUUUAUCAAACAGCUGAGCAUAAUCUUAUACGAAAACAAACUAUUGAAGGAACACGAGAAGGAGGUCGAUUAGGACAUGCAUUAGCAAAUUUAGGUGAUAUUGAUAAAGAUGGUUAUAAUGAUGUAGCUAUUUCAAUUCCUUUUGCUAAUCAUGGUUCAUCUAAUAUGGUACAUAUUUAUCGUGGAUCAAAAGAAGGACUUAUUUUAACACCAUCACAAAUACUUCGAAUAACAUCAUUAAAAGGAUUCGGUUGGGCAUUACGAGGUCAAUUUGAUUAUGAUAAUAAUGGCUAUUUAGAUUUAGCCGUAAGCAGUAUCCACUCGGAAACCGUUGCUAUCAUAUUAACACGACCUGUAUUACGUUUACAAACAAAAUUACAUCAUAGUUCACCAACAAUUCCACUUAAUUGUACAUUACGUAGUGAUGAUGCAUGUUUUAUUUUAACUAUAUGUAUUUAUCUACAUGAUUCUAAAUAUCAACCUUCAAAACGUGAUACAUUAACAUAUGAAGUACAACUUGAUAAAGACAAAGAUCAAGUUGAUAAACGAUUAUUAUUUCGAGAGUCAUACAAACCUUUUAAAAAACGACAAUUAAAGUUAUCAAAUCGUCUUUGUCAUGAUUAUUCAUUAUAUAUCAAAUACACGAAAAAAAUGUCUAUUAAUUCUAAACGCUGUGGAAAUAUGGCAAAAACACUAGAAACUGAUAAUCCAUGA